AUGUCGACCGAUCUAACGCCAGAAGAAAGACAGUGGCUCGACCAGCUGACUGCCAUGCGGCAGGAGAUAGAGAAGCUGAAUCUGCCAAACGAGCCUGAAUCAGUUCUCUAUGGCUCGGAUCUGAAUCUGAGCGAUGACGACUUCUCCUCGCAGCUAGGGUCAUCCGACGAUAUCUGGGACUUGAUCAGUGACAGUGGUGAAAGCGACGAAUUUGACGAUAUCAAUGGAGUUGCUCUGCCUGUUGACUCAUCCCACGGUGAGCAGAAGCAAGAACACGACCGCCGAUGGCUCACAAAGAAGUGUGAAUCCAUUGCUCAACUCAAAGAAGGGCUCAGCGGACCGGAUUUACAGCAGCAGGUAGAGGCUCUUCUUGCCUCUGAUAUGUCUUCAGAUGAACUGCAGAUUGCUUUGGCGGAAGUCGUUGGCUUUGAUGAGCUAGAUUUUGUCAUCGAACUGCUAUCUCAUCGUCAGGAAGUUCUUUCAGGGCCUACUAUACCAGAUUCUCAGCCUAUUUCGGCCAUAGGGCGACUGCAAACCCGGGCAGAGAGGGAAGAGGCCCUCCGCCGACAGGACUAUGAGCAUAAGCAUGCACAGCUUGCGGCAAAAGUUGACCGUGAGGGACCACAGUAUCCCCAUGUUUACAAAACGUACCAGGCUGGGAACACUCUGUCGGUAAAUGGCCGAAAAUAUGGGCUUCCUGUUGGGACCAUCCAUAGAGAGGAGCCACUAUAUACUGAAUACGCCGUACCUGCAUCAAAAGUCGGAACUCUAGGAGCUGAUCACAGGCUAGUCCCGAUAUCAGAGAUGGAUGCUCUCUGCCGGGGCACAUUUCCUGGAUAUAAGUCCUUGAAUCGCAUGCAGAGUUUGCUCUACACUGUUGCAUACAAAACCAAUGAAAACAUGCUUAUAUGCGCACCAACGGGAGCUGGUAAGACUGAUGCCGCUAUGCUCACCAUCCUCAACGCCAUAGCUCGGCACACUACUCCAAGUCCACUAGAAGACCCCGAAGCUACGGAUUUUGUUGUGCAAGUCGAAGAUUUCAAAAUCGUCUAUGUUGCUCCAAUGAAAGCUCUCGCAGCCGAAGUCACGGAGAAACUCGGCAAGCGUUUGGCAUGGCUCGGGAUUCAAGUCAGAGAACUAACUGGAGAUAUGCAAUUGACUAAGCAAGAGAUUGUACAGACUCAAAUUAUCGUCACUACCCCUGAGAAGUGGGAUGUUGUCACAAGAAAGAGUACUGGAGACACUGAACUAGUGCAGAAGGUUAAACUACUGAUCAUCGACGAAGUUCACAUGUUGCAUGAUGAGCGUGGUGCUGUGAUUGAAUCUCUCGUAGCCCGAACUCAACGUCAAGUCGAAAGCACACAAUCCUUGAUUCGGAUUGUUGGACUUUCUGCAACUCUCCCUAACUACCUUGAUGUGGCAGACUUCCUCAAAGUCAACCGCAUGGCCGGGCUCUUCUUUUUUGACGCUUCUUUCCGCCCAGUCCCGCUUGAACAGCAUUUCAUCGGAGUGAAGGGAGAUGCUGGCUCCAAGAAAUCCAGAGAUAACCUAGACAAAGUCUCCUUCGAAAAAGUAAGGGAAAUGCUUGAAGCGGGCCAUCAAAUCAUGGUUUUCGUCCAUUCCCGAAAGGACACAGUCAACACUGCUCGCCUUUAUGCAAAAAUGGCCAUGGAUGAGCAAUGUAGUGAUUUGUUCUCCCCUGUGGAUCAUGAAAAAUACUCUCUGGCCUUGAAAGAUUUAAAGGGGACUCGUGCUCGAGAGUUAAGGGAUCUAGUACCCAAGGGAAUGGGCACACAUCAUGCCGGUAUGUCUAGAUCGGAUCGAAACUUGAUGGAGCGCCUAUUCUCUCAAGGUGUUAUCAAAGUACUAUGCUGUACAGCAACUUUAGCUUGGGGUGUAAACUUGCCAGCCGCAGCUGUUAUUAUCAAAGGAACCCAGAUAUACAGUGCCCAGGAAGGAAAAUUCAUUGACCUUGGAAUUCUGGAUGUCCUCCAAAUAUUUGGUCGAGCUGGUCGACCUCAAUUCCAAGACACUGGUAUCGGUUUCAUAUGUACCCCUCAGAGCAAGCUACAGCAUUAUAUAUCCGCCGUCACCUCUCAGGAGCCCAUUGAGUCUAGGUUCUCCCGCAAGUUGGUAGACAACCUGAACGCUGAAAUAGCGUUAGGUACCGUCACCUCUGUCACUGAAGGUGUUCAGUGGCUUGGAUACUCUUAUCUGUUUGUUCGAAUGAGACGGAAUCAUUCUGCCUAUGGUAUAGAAUGGAGUGAGAUUCGUGAUGAUCCCCAACUAGUUCAGCGGCGUCGCGAUCUUAUUAUAAAGGCCGCCAAGGUACUUCAAAAGAGUCAAAUGAUCAUAUUUAAUGAAAAUACCGGGGAAUUACGUGCAAAAGAUGUGGGACGAAUUGCAAGCCAAUACUACGUCCUUCAAACCAGCGUGGAAAUCUUCAAUUCCAUGAUGAACCCUAAUGGUAGUGAUGCUGAUGUCAUGAAGAUGAUUAGUAUGAGUGGAGAAUUCGACAACAUUCAGUCAAGAGACAAUGAAUUCAAGGAGCUGGACAGGCUUCGUGAAGAAGGCCUGCGAACUGAGGUCGAAGGAGCCAAUGAUACUGCACACGCAAAGACCAAUAUCCUUCUUCAGUCUUAUAUCUCCAGAGCUAGAAUUGAAGACUUUGCUCUUGUCUCGGAUACCUCAUAUGUUGCUCAGAACUCUGCCAGAAUUUGCCGGUCACUUUUUAUGAUUGCAUUAAAUCGACGAUGGGGAUACCAAUGCCAGGUCCUGCUAUCGACCUGUAAAUCCAUUGAAAAACAGAUUUGGCCUUUCCAACAUCCAUUCCAUCAAUUUGAUUUACCGCCAACCAUCUUGAAAAAUCUUGAUGAAAAGUUCCCUGCCUCGUCCAUUGAAUCAAUGAGAGAGAUGGACACCGCGGAACUCGGCCAGCUCGUGCAUAAUACGCGCAUGGGCGGGACUUUGAAAAAGUUACUUGACAACUUUCCAACGUUGAGUGUUGAUGUUGAAAUAUCACCCCUUAACAGAGAUGUGCUUCGUAUUCGGCUCUAUCUCUAUGCGGACUUCCAAUGGAACACCCGGCACCAUGGCACAUCAGAGCCAUUCUGGAUAUGGGUAGAGAAUUCAGAGACUGCAGAAAUAUACCACCACGAAUACUUCAUACUGAACCGUAGGAAGCUCCAUGACAGCCAGGAAUUGAACUUCACCAUUCCAUUGACAGACCCUCUACCAUCCCAGAUAUACGUUAGAGUGAUCUCAGAUAGAUGGCUUGGUGCUGAAACCGUUGCUCCAGUCUCAUUCCAGCAUCUCAUUCGCCCGGAUACAGUAAGCGAGUAUACAGAUCUCCUUGAAUUGCAGCCUCUACCAAUAACGGCACUGAAGAACCCUUCGCUUGAGCAUGUAUAUGGGAAGAGAUUUGACUACUUCAACCCAAUGCAAACCCAACUUUUCCAUACACUCUACCAUACCGACAUGAACGUCCUUUUAGGAUCCCCAACUGGAAGUGGGAAAACUGUAGCUGCAGAGUUAGCUAUGUGGCAGAACUUCAAGGAUAAGCCUGGAUCAAAAGUUGUCUAUAUUGCUCCCAUGAAAGCGCUUGUGCGAGAACGUGUUCAUGACUGGAGACAUCGGCUUGCGACGCCCUUGGGCUUAAAGUUGGUGGAGUUAACUGGUGAUAAUACCCCUGACACAAGAACUAUCAAAAAUGCAGAUAUCAUCAUCACCACACCGGAGAAGUGGGACGGUAUAUCUCGAAGCUGGCAAACAAGAGGAUACGUUCGCCAGGUUGGAUUAGUUAUUAUUGACGAAAUCCACCUUCUUGCGGGUGAACGUGGUCCCAUCCUGGAAAUCAUCGUUUCAAGAAUGAACUAUAUUGCAUCUCAGUCCAAAGGUUCCGUUAGAUUAAUGGGCAUGUCUACUGCUUGUGCUAAUGCUCGCGACCUUGCGGACUGGCUGGGAGUGAAGAAGGGCCUAUAUAACUUUAGGCACUCCGUUCGUCCCGUGCCUCUAGAGAUAUUUAUUGACGGUUUCCCAGAGCAAAGAGGCUUCUGCCCUUUGAUGCAGUCGAUGAACAGGCCAACUUUCCUUGCAAUCAAGAAUCACUCGCCUGAUAAGCCCGUAAUCGUAUUUGUGGCAUCUCGACGACAGACGCGCCUUACAGCAAAGGAUCUAAUCAAUUACUGUGGAAUGGAAGAUGAUCCUCGAAGGUUUGUUCACAUGUCAGAAGAAGACCUGGAACUCAAUAUGUCUCGAGUUAAAGAUGCAGCACUGAAAGAGGCUUUGAGCUUCGGAAUUGGCCUCCACCAUGCAGGUCUUGUUGAGUCGGAUCGACAGUUAGCCGAAGAGCUCUUUGCUAACAACAAAAUCCAAAUACUAAUUGCGACCAGUACCUUGGCCUGGGGUGUCAAUUUACCAGCUCAUCUAGUUGUGGUGAAAGGAACGCAAUUCUUUGAUGCGAAGGCCGAGGGGUAUAAAGACAUGGAUCUUACCGAUGUGCUCCAGAUGCUUGGACGUGCGGGCCGUCCACAGUUCGACACUUCGGGUAUUGCUCGUAUUUUCACCCAAGAUGCAAAGAAAGCAUUCUAUAAACAUUUCCUUCAUACCGGAUUUCCCGUGGAAUCAACGUUGCACAAAGUCCUAGAUGACCAUUUAGGAGCAGAGGUCAGCUCGGGCACGAUCACAACAAAACAAGAUGCGUUGGAUUACUUGACCUGGACAUUCUUUUUCCGAAGAUUGCAUAAGAAUCCGUCAUACUAUGGGCUCGAGAUAUCCGCUGAAGAAUACAAUUCAGCUGCAGCCCGGGAGAUCGUAUCUGAGUUCAUGGUUGAACUAGUUGACAAGUCACUUGGGGCACUUGCGGAAUCCUCUUGUGUCUUGUUUGACACUGCUACUGGAUUUGUCGACCCAACUCCUUAUGGAAAGAUAAUGAGUUACUACUACAUAUCUCAUAAGACCGUUAGAUACUGGAUGACACAUGCUAAACCCGAUCCCACGUUUGCUGAUGCUUUGGGAUGGAUGUGUUCCGCGACGGAAUUUGAUGAGCUCCCAGUCCGGCACAACGAAGAUCUGGUCAAUGCGGAACUUGCAAAGAACCUACCGCUGCCUACUACAGCAAUCAGUGACCAUUUACCGCUUUGGGAUCCUCAUAUCAAGGCGUUCUUGUUGAUCCAAGCCUUCAUGUCUCGGGUUGAACUUCCAAUCUCAGAUUACGUUGGUGACCAGACGUCAGUCCUCGACCAAGGCAUCCGUGUUAUUCAAGCCUGCAUAGACGUGCUUGCAGAGCUAGGUUACCCUAAGGCUUGCUCGACGAUGAUGACGCUGCUUCAAUGUAUCAAAUCAGCACGCUGGCCAACUGAUCACCCGCUGUCAAUAUUGCCCGGCAUUGAACCUGAUAGCGUUGCUGAUGGUAGCAUCAAUGCUAGCAAGCUUCCACUGUCGCUUACGAAAUUGGUAGCUAUGCCAAACCCCGCAAUAUCUCGUAUGCUCGACGCCAUCGGUCUUGACCAAUCCCUUGCUUCACAGUUUUCAAAGACAGUACCCAUGCUGCCGAAUCUUGAUGUGUCAAUCGCAGAUUUGACUCUUGACGGAUUGACGGUUGUCUUGAGACGGAAAUCCAAGGAAUCGGACAACCAGAGACAACCACGUUCUCAUGGAACAGAUGGAUUCAGAAUCUAUGCUCCGCAAUUCCCCAAGCCACAGACUGAAGGAUGCGUGUUUCGUUGUCACCGCCGGCUUCGGGAACCCGAGGAACUGGUCCCCGUGGCAAAUUAA